AUGCAGCACAACCCCAAUUCACCCUGGCGGACUCCCGCGUCUGAUUAUGCCAAACCCUCACUACAACACACCAUAUCUAUGGUAAAUCUACACGAUGAGCCUAAUUGGUACAACCGGGGUCCGUCCUCCCCCACGGCCUCUUCCGUUUCUUCGUGUGCUAGCCGAAGCGCAACCCCUACGAGUACCAAUACGAAGAAUCCGUGGUCUCAUGUCAUGAACAGCCCAAGUUCGACGUAUUCGGAUCAGUCAAACUCAACCUACUCGACCCAAUCUACCAGUUCCCCCAAAGACAGUCCCAACCGAACUCCACAGCACACGAGCCGCGCCACUACACCCACACCCAUCGCACCUCAGCCUUUACGACCUAUCAACGCUGUUGCAGGAUUUGUGCCCAUGUCGCCACCGCCCACGUCCUCUGGGGAAGCCUUCAGGAAUGGAGACUACCCAAGUUCACCUAUCUCAAGCUUUCCUGGAUCCCCAAAUCCCUAUCGCCAACAAUCUGUACCGUUCUCGCCCUUAGUAAAUGGUUUCAUCAAUACGUCCUUGUUGUCUGCACAAGGACAGUCACUCUCCGGGUGGUUCUACGAGCUUGCGAGUAAGCAGUUCACAGACAGGGCCAUGGUCCGAAAGGUGUGGCAAUGGACCAUAUCGAACCCAAAACUGGCCAUACUACUAGUCGUCUGCGAUGAUGUGGCGUCGUGGCGUCAGGCAGCAUUCUUCGAUCUCAGAGAUGAGAGUCUCCCAUUCCCCGAGGAUCGACUACAGGGUAUCGUCUCAGAUCCCCAGCGUGUUGUUGACGAACAGUGGAGGGCGACCGCUAAGGAGUUGCCCCUGACGGGCACACAUGUGGACUUCGGAUCUCGUGACACAGUUCCCUUGCAGCAUAUCAACCUCGUCCGAACAUCUCGAGGCUCUGAGAAGAGUGUCGACCGUGUUCGGAUGCUAGGUAAUGCCGACGACCAAAUCUACAUUCGCAAACGUUUCGUGAUCACGCGAUCAAGCCAGAAGACGUCCUUGCUUGAGCAGAUUAACAAAUUCAAAGCGUACGACCACAAGAACAUAGCCAAGCUGCUAUGUUCUUAUGCCCAACCAAGCCAUGUCGGGAUCCUGACCACCCGGACGCAGUAUACGUUGGAUGAUUAUCUCGGCGUACAAGCAUCGGAUCCAAGUAGGGCAAAACUGCUCGUAGACUGGAUGUAUGAUCUAGCCCACGCGCUGGAUUACCUCCAUUCCCAAUCAAUAUGCCAUCGUAGCAUUCGGCCGAGGAAGAUUCUUAUCGAGGGAUCCAGAGUCUUUCUUGCUCCAUUCGGCAUCGGCGCCAACAAUGACCAACAUAGCCCUACCGUACCUGGGCCUCAGCGACUAGACCAGAUCCAUACAUACUUCCAGGACCAGACGUACAUCUAUGCCGCACCGGAAACUUUGCUUUCACGAGGAAAGCGCUACUCCGAUGUGUUCUCACUGGGAUGCGUUUUUCUGUCCAUGAUCACGGUAGCGCAAGGACAUUCGCUCUCUCGAUUCGCGCAGUAUAGAGAAGGCUCGUCACAGGACGCCUCCUUCCACAACAAUCUAGACCGCGUCGCAUCAUGGCGGAACCGCCUGCAAGCGAUGACGAAUUCCGGGCAACGGAACGGCGGCAUGCUCGGUUCAGGCCGUAAAGUGCGCCAGCUUAAGUCGGAGGCCGAGUGGCUCGAGAUCAUUGAGCAGAUGAUCAAGCCCAAGUACCAGGAACGCGUCAAAAUCGCGAAAGUUGUGCACAACUACGGGACGGGAAAGACAAUAGGUGUACGCAGGAGGAGCCUGGACGGUGGCGGUUACAGCGGACAAGUUGGCGCUGCGCUGGGUCUUGGAAACCCAAACACCGUCAGUGGAGUCGCAUCUGGAAGCAAUGUUUACGGACAUACGAGCGGGACCGGACAGAAACCGGAGCUGAGUGUGUUCGACGGCUAUUUCCAGCAGCAGCAGCCGCGGCGUUUUGAGCCAGCUGGGAUUUGGUGAGCGGUGUCAAAACAAACCGCUGACAUGCGCGGCGAAUCACACAACUUCUUGGCAUGAUCUGCCCCCGGGCGGCGAACAUGUCGUCUGAGGACGUCUUCGUGGGGUUUACACUUUAUUAUUCUUCUCGAGCAAGACUGCAAGUCUGAUUCUGCAUUCUGAAUCUAGCGCUGCAUCUCUUUUCCUUUCUCUUGUUGGGCCGGCAUCUGAUACCCCCUUCCAGCAUCUCUUUGUCUCUUCGAUAUCAGCGUUGAAAGCUAGACGGGUACGACAGCACGAAGCUAUGAUUGCAUAGGCCGGC